GUUUCUCCCUCUCCCCCUGCCUGACGUUGCUGCCGAUGGACGUGCUGCGCACGCGGAAAAAGUGAGGUUAGGUUAGGUUAAGGUGUACAACCAGCUGGCAAGGAUAUAGGCCGUGGUGGAAACCAGGAGAGAUAAGAAGUACAGAAGAGAGGCGGACGAUCGGGAGCGAUGUCGGGCAAAACUAGAGGCAAAAACAAAAGUAACAAUGCGAUCGAGAAUGGAGCAGCCGACGAUGUCGCGGAGAAGAUCACGGAGAAAAUCGCGGACGUGGAAAUCAACGAGGAGACACCUAGUAAGAAGCUCACACACAAGGAAAAGAAGAAGCUGAAAAAACAGCAAGAGUAUGAACGAACGAUGGAGAUUCUGACAAAGGCGGGCGGACAAGGUCACAGCGAAUUGGAAUCCAAUUUUACAGUUUCUCAGAGUCAGACGCAACAACGUGGUAACCAGCAGUUGGACAACGCGGUCGACAUCAAGGUGGAAAAUUUUAGCAUAGCUGCCAAAGGCAAGGAGCUCUUUACUAACGCCAGUUUGCUCAUAGCACAGGGUAGGCGAUAUGGACUCGUGGGACCCAACGGUCAUGGCAAAACUACUUUGCUCCGCCAUAUAGCAAAAAGAGCCUUCAAUAUUCCACCUACGAUUGAUGUUCUAUAUUGUGAACAAGAAGUUAUAGCGGAUGACACUCCAGCUGUGGAAGUAGUGCUUAACGCAGAUGUAAAAUGCAAAGAGCUUCAAAUGGAAUGCAAAAAACUGGAAGAAUUAACAGAACAAGGAGAUACUACUGUGCAAAAUAGAUUACAAGAGGUAUACGAUGAAUUGAAAGCAAUUGGAGCAGAUUCAGCAGAACCGCGAGCUAGACGAAUCCUCGCCGGUUUAGGAUUCAAUCGUGCAAUGCAAAAUCGUGCGACUAAAAAUUUCUCCGGUGGUUGGCGAAUGCGUGUUUCGCUUGCGAGAGCACUCUUCUUGGAACCCACGUUGUUACUAUUGGACGAACCCACUAAUCAUUUAGAUUUGAAUGCAGUAAUUUGGUUGGAUAAUUACUUACAAGGCUGGAAAAAGACUCUGCUGGUUGUAUCACAUGACCAGAGUUUCUUAGACAAUGUGUGUACGGAUGUAAUACAUCUGGAUCAACAAAAAUUGUUUUAUUACAAGGGAAAUUAUAGCAUGUUUAAAAAGAUGUAUGAGCAGAAAAGAAAGGAAAUGAUAAAGGCAUAUGAGAAGCAGGAAAAGCGUCUAAAGGAUCUCAAAGCAGCUGGACAAAGCAAGAAACAAGCGGAAAAGAAACAAAAAGAAGCACUCACAAGAAAACAAGAAAAAAAUCGGACAAAAAUGCAGAAACAAGAAGAAGAUACUGGACCCACUGAACUGUUACAAAAACCGAGAGAAUAUAUAGUUAAAUUCAGUUUUCCAGAUCCUCCGCCUUUGCAACCUCCAAUUCUUGGUCUUCAAAAUGUAACAUUCGGAUACGAAGGACAAAAACCAUUGUUCAUCGAUGCAGACUUCGGUAUAGACUUAAAUUCUCGAGUAGCAAUAUUGGGGCCCAAUGGUGUUGGCAAAUCUACCUUCCUGAAAUUACUAAUGGGUGAUAUAACACCUCAAAAGGGAGAAAUCACAAAAAAUCAUCGAUUGAGGAUAGGAAGGUUUGACCAACAUUCUGGUGAGCAUUUAACUGCCGAGGAGACACCGGCAGAAUAUCUGAUGCGACUAUUUGAUCUUCCAUAUGAAAAAGCACGCAAACAGCUGGGUACUUUUGGCCUUAGCUCUCAUGCGCACACUAUUAAAAUGAAGGAUUUGUCGGGUGGUCAAAAGGCACGUGUUGCCUUGGCUGAGCUUUGUUUAAACGCACCGGAUGUGUUGAUUCUAGAUGAGCCGACCAAUAAUCUUGAUAUAGAGUCUAUUGAUGCAUUGGCUGACGCUAUCAACGAGUAUAAGGGCGGCGUUAUUAUCGUCUCGCACGACGAACGGUUAAUUCGAGACACGGAAUGCUGUCUCUAUGUGAUUGAGAAUCAGCAAAUUAACGCUAUCGACGGCGAUUUCGACGAUUACAGGAAAGAAUUGCUUGAGAGUCUGGGAGAAGUCAUCAACAAUCCCAGUAUAGCUGCGAAUGCUGCCGUUUUACAAUAAUCGUCGAUUAAUUAGCAUAAUUGACAUUUUAGUGGCCUGUAAUAAUAUAAAAGCGAUCGUUUGAUAACGAUUGAAGCCUUCGCAGGAACGCUUGUUCCUAAAAGCGCCGGAUCCGGAAUUUUGUAUUAUAAAUAACAUACAUUCGAGUGUAAAAAAAUAAACCGUUAACAACA